AGUUUCUUUACAAGUUAAAAGGUGAUGGAGACGCCGGCGUUGUGUUCGCUGCUGGGCAGGCGAUGUAAUCGGUAUGCUCAGGUGCCGCGGGUGGAACUUUUGUACCUCCUGAGCACAAGCUCCGGAUGAAGCCAGGGGCAGAAUGCAGCACAGUUCCUAAUGCCAGCAGUAUAAACAAGGCAAGUGGCGAAAGAGGAGCCAUAUUUGUCAAAGAACUAGUGCUUGACAACUGUCGCUCGAAUGAUGGCGAGAUCGAGGGUCUAACAGAUGAAUUUGAGGAGCUGGAGUUUUUGAGCACAAUAAACGUUGGCCUGGCGACAGUCGCUCACCUGCCAAAGCUCAAUAAACUGAAAAAGCUUGAACUCAGCGACAACCGGAUCUCAGGAGGGUUGGAAGUUCUAGCAGAUAAAUGCCCCAACCUCACACACCUCAACCUCAGUGGCAACAAGAUUAAAGACCUGAGCACAAUAGAGCCAUUGAAAGAACUGGGGACACUGAAAAGCCUCGAUCUGUUCAACUGUGAAGUGACAAACCUGAAUGAAUACAGAGACAACGUCUUCAAGCUACUUCCGCAGCUAACGUACCUGGACGGCUACGACAAAGACGACAAAGAGGCUCCAGAUUCUGACACAGAGGUUUAUGCAGAGGGUUUGGACGAUGAGGAGGAAGAUGACGAUGAUGUAGAUGAGGACGACUAUGAUGAAGAUGCAGCACCAGGAGAUGAGGACGACGAGGAGGAGGGAGAGGAGGAUGAGGAAGAAAAUGAAGAAGAAGAGGAGGAGGACCUCAGUGCAGAGGAGGAAGAGGAUGAAGAUGUGAAUGACAGAGAAGUUGAUGAUGAGGAUGAAGAAGAAGAAGAGCGAGGUCAGAAGAGGAAAAGGGACCUGGAUGAAGAAGGGGAAGAUGAUGAAGAUGAUUGAGUGUCUUCUUGAAGCUCAGUUUUGAACUAUUUUAAUCAUGUGUCUCCCCAGCAGCCCCGUGUAUUUUCUCCCAGCCCUAGUUUAAUAUUGCCGUAGGAGUGGUUUCUUGUUCCUGGCCAGUCCAGUAGAGGGGGGGGGGGGGGGGG